AUGUGUUUGCUCCUGAUUGUGGAGCAGCUCUGCAGGGGCUCCGGGGUUGUAUUGCGACACCGGCUCCGUGUCCUAUGGUUUACCCUGUCUCGCUCCCAUAAGGCUUUUCAGGACCGGUGGGGGGGGCCGGUGUUCAGCGGAGCCUCUCUUCGCAUGGGCCGGAGUAAAGUGAGCACUAUGGCUGGAUGGGUAUCGCCCCCUGGCCCUGCUGUGCUCCGCAUACCUCCUUCUAUAGCCUAUGUUCCUCUGGCAGCUCCUGGUCUCAGCGAGCGCUCUGCAGGCCUGCGUCACCCGUCUCUAACUGUUCUGAGAGCGAAAGCGUGGGGAGUUCUGACCCAGGUAUCUGAGGUACUGAGGCUGGAGAUCUGGAGAUCUACUCUUCUGCAGACUUCAUUUUCCACCCUGCUCCAAGUAAACCCUUGUUUAGCUGGUUUAGGAGCAGGAUCCAGCGUGCUAUCUAGAGUGACUUACUAUAAGAAGACUAUACGGAAAAUGGGGAUGAUCUUUGAACGCGCCAUCUUCGUAACUGUAUUAGCACUGACCUUUAUAACCCUGUGUGACACCAUCAAGCCCACUCAGAGGCCAAAGUACCAGUACACCAAGAAACCCCCUCGAGAGCUGGUCCAAACCACUGUAUAUGUGGGCAAGCCUACAGCCACCGCACGGAUUGUGGACUACACCAAAACAAGAGAGCGCUUCCCUGCGCAUAUCACAACAGAGAGCACUACCGUUCCUGCUGACAGCUAUAUCGACUACCCUACAGACACCACCGCAUCUCCCACCACAGCCAAAGACAAUUACACACUAGACUACAACGAAUGCUACUUCAACUUCUGUGAGUGCUGCCCUCCAGAGAAAGGUCCGCAAGGCUUCAAAGGAGACGUAGGACUGCCAGGCCCACCUGGAGAAAAAGGAGAAUCUGGAUCCAAAGGUAUUCCGGGCCCAAUAGGGCCAAAGGGUUUUUCAGGAUCUAAAGGGGAUAAAGGAGAGAAAGGUGAUCAAGGAAACAUAGGACUGACUGGAUCUCCAGGCAUCCAGGGAAAGGCUGGAAUGAAAGGUGAGAUGGGUAUUAAAGGUGAGAAGGGUGCAGCUGGACUUCCUGGAUUCAAAGGUUCAAAGGGAGAAAAAGGGGAUCCAAAUCUGAAUGUGUCUAAAGGUGAUCAAGGAGAUCCAGGCAAAGAUGGACCACCAGGUCCCCAAGGCAUGACUGGUGAAAAGGGUGAAAAGGGUGAUAGAGGAGAGUGUGGUUUACUUGGAGAGAGGGGCCAGAAAGGUGAGCCGGGUGAUCCCGGGCCACCAGGCGUGCGUGGAGACCCUGGUCCAUCCGGGCAACAUGGCAUGCAUGGGACUCCAGGAAGUGCCGGAGAACGCGGAGAACCAGGAACUCCUGGAGCAAAGGGCGAGCCAGGAGCACGAGGACCAGUAGGAGUCAAAGGUAUGAGAGGUCUGAGGGGAAUGAAGGGUGACCGCGGCCUCCAAGGAAAACGUGGAGACCGAGGCCUACGGGGACUAAAGGGCUCAAUGGGUCAAAGUGGAUCGAGAGUACGGUCUGCUUUCAGCGUCGGCUUAUACCCGAGCAAGUCUUUUCCACCAUCGGGAUUUCCAGUUCGCUUCGACAAGAUCUUCUACAAUGGAGAAAACCACUACGACAUAGUCACGAGCAAAUUCAACUGCACGUACUCGGGAGUUUAUGUGUUCUCCUACCAGAUUACGGUAAGAAACAAGCCGCUGCGCGCUUCUCUGGUGGUGAAUGGGGUGCGUAAGGUACGCUCGAGAGACACCCUACAGGGUCAAGACAUUGACCAGGCGUCCAAUCUGGUGAUCCUGAAGCUGGAGGUUGGAGACCAGGUGUGGGUAGAGACGCUGAGAGACUGGAACGGUGUGUACUCCAGCAGCGAGGAUGACAGCACCUUCUCUGGGUUCUUGCUCUACCCUGACUAACACCAUCUUCAUGGCUAGAUCUUGAACUGAACUUUACAUGAC